UCUGCUUGCAGGAAAGGGAAAGUUAGAAAUGGAGAGUUUAAAAGAAAAAGAAGAGCUCGAGUGUGAGGCAGAGAUGGAAGGAGAGGCCCAGGCCCUGGACUGGGACAGCGAUGAGACGGUGAUUGAGGGGUCCGUGACAGAGAGCGACCCAGAAGACGAAGAACUGCCGUGGAAAAGGUUACUCUUUGAUCAAGACAUAUCUUCUAGAUCUGUGUUCAGUCUUCAUCCUGGUAUGAAUAGAAGGUGCCAAGGCAUGCUUUCUCCUGAGAUUAAACUUGGGAUGAAAUUCAGAAAAGACUUACAAGAGCGAAUGAAUAAAAAUAAGAUGAUGCCCAUUCUUAGUUCAGAUACAGUAUUACAGCAACAUCAAGAUGAAACAACACUAAAUCAAGGUCUGCUACAGAUUAGAAAACAUUUUCCAGUGUCCAAUCUGUCAUUUUUCCAGUCUGGGCUUUCAUUGUACCACCAGAACAUUGGAGGACCUGAAGCUGAAAAUACUGAAAUUUUGCUAUGCCCAGAAAAGGAACUAAAUGAAGACAGAGUAUGUCCUGAAAUUAGUCUUUUUUCAAGUACUGCUAUUACAGAUACUGAUACGGCUUCUGUAAAGGAGAAAUCACUAAUAGAGACAGAGAAGAUAUUAUUAGCACCAAACAUAUCUUCAGAACCUGAGCAGGAAGAAGUAACAUUGACCGUGACUUCUAAAGAAUCUGUGGAUGAAGAAAGCUCAGUUGAAACUUUUGUGUCUGCCUUAGAAAAGCUGUUAACAUCAGAAAGCAUUAAAGAAGAAAGAAUGUUGGAAAUAAUGAAAGAUUUUGAUUUUGGAGAAUUGAUGAAUUCAUUGAGUGAUUCCCCAAGUUCCAUAUCAGUACCCACGAAUGCCAUAUCAGCAUGUUGCAGAGAUUUACUUGAAAACACAAAGGAUGAUGCAUUGCCAACUGAGUUGUUGGCAGCCAUCAACACAUUGUCAGAAGCCAAAGUGGGGUCCAGCUGUCACGGAAAAGAGCAAGGUGGCAGAUUUGGUGGAAAUGAAUGUUUUGAAAUGGAGCCUGAUUUGUCUCAGAUGGAUGAAGACUGCACACAAAUAACUGAAGUAAAUUUUGACUCCUUUUGUUCUCCAUUUGAACAAGGUUCCAAUUUAGCGAGGCUCCAGGACAACAGUCUAUCAGUGGAACAAACAGAAGAAGAUCCAAAUCUGUUUAGAUUGCAAACUUUGCCUCAUUCAGAUAUCACUUCUUGUGAGCCACUGAAUAAUAUGGAGAAGUCAAAUCUGGUGGAAAAUAUAUCUGAGCAGGAAACUCCAUGUGUAUUAAGGAGAUCAUCUAGACUGGAAAAACUGAAAGUAAGCAGAGAGGCAAACCAUGAAGAUACUAUGUGUAAAUCAUCAGAAAAGAUUUCACCAAAAAUACUUAGCUCUGAGGAACAAAUAAAUAAUAAAUCUUCAACUGAGAAUUUCAGAGUGAAGCAUCUUGCUUUAAGGAUGGACAGUAAAGAGAUGAAUAAGCAUUCAUCCAGAUUGAAGGCUGAACAUACCAGGAAAAAUGAACGACUUGAAAUUAAAAAAGAAAAAAUGAAGAGCAAUAAAAAGUCUUUUGCUAGCAUAAACAGGAGAAACAUUUUUGGAGAGAACUUAAUAUAUAAGGCUGCUCUAGAUAAUGAUGUUCACCUUGUUCGUCAUUGUAUAAAAAAUGGUGGAAAUGUUAAUCAGCCAUGUUAUGCUGGUUGGACAGCACUUCAUGAAGCUAGUGUAGGAGGAUUUUACCAGAUAGUAAGUGAACUCUUAAAAGGAGGGGCCGAUGUAAAUACUAAAGGAAUGCACCAGAUCACUCCUCUCCAUGAUGCUGUGAUAAAUGGACACCAUAAGGUAGCAGAGUUACUUCUUUUGAAUGGAGCUGAUCCAUUAUUUAGAAGUGACAAUGGAAAGUGUCCUUGGGAUGAGGCCAAAGAUUCACGUAUGAAGCAUCUCCUUGAGAAAUACAUUCCUAAAGAUGACAAAUGUCUUAAAUCAGCUCAAAGUAAUGGCACUCACCGAGUAGAUGUAGAGGAUGUACACCAGCACAAGAAACCAAAAUUCAGUUCAAAAACUUGCUCUGAGUCAGUUUCUAAUGAAAAUUCAAACAGAUAUAAACCAGAACAUGAAGAAGUCAAUAAAGAAAGAAAUGAGGGUUUACCUAUAAGUAAUGAAGAUAUAUAUGAACGUUUCACAAACAAUUCUACAACCACAAACUUUGGCAGAUCUAAACCUAAACAGUCCUCUGUUAACCAAAUAUACACUCGAGAAUUAAGAAAGCGCAAUAUCAAAGAUACCAGCACAAAUGUGUCUAAAAAUAAAGAAAGAAGAGACUUACAUAACAAGACUCAAGCAGAUGAUGGGGACUACAAUUCAAGACAAGCAAUUGCUGUUACUUCUUCCAGUAUAAUAAACAAAUCAGUUAGUCACCAGCAGCAUGUUCUCCAAACCUUUAAUGAUUUUCCACAAGAUUCCUGUGAACUUUUCAGCCCAACUUUGUCAAGUCUGAAAAGUGGAUUAGUCAGCAAUACUGAGGCUUGUUCAGCUUCCAAAGAGACACAUACUUACAAUCUGGAUUUAUCAAGUAGUCAAGAAAUGAAAUUUUUAGAAUUAGAAUCCAUAGAGCAAACUGAAGCUGUUUCAGGACUUCCAUCACAUAAAGAAAUCAAGUUACCAUUUGUUACUACAGAUCAGCAGAUUCAUACUCACCAAAAACAACACAGUAGCCCAUACAAAUCUCAGGAAAAUAGUAACUCAGUUCAGAAAAAUAAUAGCUUUAAUAAAUGGGAAAACUCUUUCUUGUCCUUCGUAAAGGCACAUUUUGAUAGUGAUGAUAGUGAUAGCAGUAUCUCUGAGAAAAUUGUAACAUCUAAAAAAGUAGAAUAUAAAAACCACCAUAAUUACGAAGAAACUAUAACAAAUAGUGAAGAAAUGGAUUCUCAACCAUUUUUACCUUCUGAGGGCCAUGUUUCACAGGAAAAUGAGUUAAAAGCAGGAAGCCUAACCACACUGUCACAACAGGAAGCUGUUAAUUUCUGUGAUUCAGAUGACACAGUUAUUUCUGAACAAUAUGUUGUAAAUUAUGAACAACAACUUUAUGGGAUUUCUUUUGAUCACUCAUAUUGCAAUCGGGAGCCAAUUUCCAUGGCUUGUACAAGAAUGCCUUCCACACUUGAAGUUUCAAAUUUUACUUGUCACUUGGAGCAAGUCAAAAAGCCUCAGGAUGCUAGCUCCGGAGAAUCAACUCCUUCAAUGAGUCAAAUAGAUGCACAGAAUGUGGAAAAGCCAUGUGUGGAAGAGAAUCAAGACGCAGAACCAAAUUUUCUCAGUAAUCAAACAGAUACACAUGUGGUAAAGGUAUGUAUGGAAGAGAAACAAGAUACUAAAAGGAAUUACAAUAACAAAGACCAAAAUACAAGUUCUUCGACUAGGUUUUUUCCCAUAGUUGUUGAUUCUGAGGCAAUGGAAACAAGUGCAGUUGAAAAAAGGAGACAAGACCUUCCAGAAAAGGAGCCAAUGAAUAACACAGACUUCCAUUCCAUUGACAAUAUGAAUAAUGAAUUGACUAAUACCUCACAAUGUAAUCAAAAAGAAGAAAAGGAAAUUUCUCAUAAACCAGGUAUUAACAUAGAAACAGCCAGAAUUGAUAGGAGGUCUGUGAAAGGGAAAAGUCAACUUCAUUUGGCUGCCAGAAGAGGAAAUUUGUCCUAUGUGAAAGCUCUGAUAGAAUCUGGAAUGGAUGUGAAUGUAAAAGAUAAUGAAGGUUGGACACCACUUCAUGAAGCAUCUAAUAAGGGAUGUAAGGAUAUAAUUAUAGAAUUAUUAAAAGCUGGUGCUAAUGUAAAUUGUGAAAAUAUAAAUGGAAUUUUGCCCUUACAUGAUGCUGUAGCAGGCAAUCACUUAAAGGCAGCUGAGAUACUACUACAACAUGGAGCAGACCCUAAUAAAAGAGAUCAAAAAGAGAAGACUGCUUUUGAUGAAGCAGAUAAUGAAAAAAUGAAAGAGUUGCUGAAAUCUUACGAUGUUAUUGAGACCAAUGAUAGAAAUGAGAGUAGUGCUAUGGUCACUGUAAAAACUCCUGCAGUUCCGUUAAAAAGAUGUAGACAGUAUUUUUGUGAUAAUGACAAAACUUUUGAGCCACCUUCCUCUUCACACCAAGCAAAAAGAAGAGAAAGUCUUCCUAUGCAUCACACCAUUUCUGAUAUUCUACAAGAUAUAGAAGAAAAACAAGAAAACUUACUAGAGUUUGAGAUAAGAAACUCAGAUGAUGCAGAACUAUACAUUGAGAAGAUGUUAGAGAUAAAAGAGGUGAUGGAUAAUAUACUUGCCAAGCAGAAAGCAGAAAGGGAUGAUCUGGCCAAAAAAUACAGAGUAUCUAUAGAAUCAUUUAAGCAUGGAGCCCUGAGAGAACAACUAGCUAACUUGGCCACAAGACAAAAGAGCCUUUUGCUUGCAGCAAAAAGGCAGAAAAUAAUAAGACAGAAAAUUCAAAGCUGUAAGAAUGUGACAUCCUUUUCUUUAAGGACAUUGCCAUCUGGUUCGGACAUCUCUGGUAAAAAGGACAACAAAAAGCUUACCAGUCUGGAAAAUUCAGUGCAUCUCCAAUCUGAUUCACUUUCUGCUGUCAACCUUGCCUGUAGAAGCAUGCAAGAAACAUCAUUGUCCCUGAAAACUUGGAAUGAUAGCCAAAAUGCUAACACUUGUCUAAACCCAGAGGUAGUAAGAGAAGAAUUUUCUGGAACUGAGAUGAAUUCUAAACGAAUUGUCAAUAAUUCUAUGUUAGAUGACUUACCAAAAUCCAGACAUUUGGAUGGCACUGAUAAGAUUGAAUUACCAUCCCAAACUGUUGCUUUUAUUGCUCAAGCAGAAUAUUCACAAAAAGAAAAUGAUCUUACAGAAGCUACAGCCAAAGACCAUGGAUUGUAUACUCCGACCAUAAAAUAUGGCACAUUAAGUAUUUCAGAGUACACAAGCAUACUUUCUCAAAAUGAUGUCUGUCCCUCAGCUGUUGACAGUAACUAUGACACUUCCCAAUGUGAUCCAGAAAGAAGAAACAGGAAAACAGCUCCCCACCAACUAUCUGGAGGGGUAUCAGAGUCCCUGGCACAGCAAAGGGUUGCUGCCCUAGGCACUGAUGCUGCACAUCAGAUGAAAACAUACCUUAAAAAGCCAUCUUCUGCUGUUCCACAUUUAAAUAACACCCAAAUCUCUCCUACUUCUGGGUCUGGCAACCAGCAUGCUAUGAAAAAGCCUUUAAACUAUACCACAGCUCCUAAAAAGAGAAAUAUGCAGAUAAAAGAUUUGAUAUUACUAGGAAGAAUUAACCCAGGAAAUAACAUUCUGGAAUUCAAAACACAGGAGACUAUCCACAAAGCUAGUGUUUUAUUGAAUGGUAAACUUCAGGUAGAAAAUGGUCAGAUUUAUUUAACUCCAGUGACCUGGCUCAAGGAUCUUCUGGGAGAUGACAUUUACGUGACCUGGUAUUAUGCUUGGAGUAAGAUAACAUAUCUUGGAAAGGAACUUUUAAGGUAUGUUUCUGAGGAAGGGCCUUUACCUUCAGAACAAACUGUGCUACUUCAACAACAACCUUGUCAUUCAGGCACUUCCAGAGAGUCAGUACAAAACAUCCCUCAUUAUCUACAAAUAAAAGAAAUACUUUCAAUCAGCGAUCAAGAAUUUCUCCCAUGUCAUGUGAUGGCUCAGCAUUGGAAGUUCUAUAUGGAGUGUGAGGAACUAACAUUCUAAAGGCUUGUUUUCUUAAUCAUUAGGCUUUUGUUCAUAUGUUCAUGUUCUUUUCUUAGUUUGGUGGGUCUAUGUUAGCAUAUAGUUUAUGUGUUAAUUAUUGAAAAUUUCUGUUUACUGUCAUAAAAAUAUGAUUUUUGACAUUGAAAUAAAGGCAUUAUGGAUUAAACC